AUGAGUCAGGAGCCCGAGAGCGGGAGCAAGCGCGCCGCCGAGUUCAACGAGGCCAUGCUCGGCGUGCCAGGCUACGCGGACGACUCCAUGUUCUUCCUCGUCCGCUACGGCGAGCGAGCCAAGCACACGCUCCGCCGCUGCGACUGGGACGACUUGCAGAGCACCAUCAACCAGAUGUCGGAGCUGUGGGUCAAGGCCGGCGGCGGCGGCGGCGAGCAAACACCUGAUACGGCUGGGGAGUCGUUGGAAGAGCGUCGCGCCAAGGCCCAGGAGUUGCGGCAGCACGCUCUGUCCAUUGUCGAGCCGUUUCCAGACUUGGCGCGUGACUUUGAUCGGUUCCAGGCUGCGUGCCGGUCUGCGUGGGCGGCGAUGAAUCGUCCCAGUGCAAAGAAGUGA